AUGGCUUACUGUUCUCGCUGUAACCGCUCUUUCAACUCCUGGCCUGCUUACCACCAGCAUCUCGCCGACUCCCCCAAUCACUGGGAAUGCUUUCGUUGUCAACAGGACUUUGAGUCUCGGCUGGGACUUAAAGAACAUUACGUUCAGAGCCCCCGCCAUCACUACUGCCAGUAUUGCAACAUCCAUUUCGACACCUCAUCGGAGCUACAGGAUCAUUACGAAUACGAGCACGCUUACUGUAGCUCUUGUCACAAAGUCUUCAAGAACGAAUUAGGCUUGCACGAGCAUAACCGGCAGAGUCACGCCGACGUGUAUUGUGUUCUGUGCAAAAAACUCUUCCAGACUCCGAGCAACCUUCAGUCUCAUUUGAACUCUAGUACACAUCGCCCUAAAGACACUAUCUGCCCCUUCAACGGAUGUGGCUUGGGGUUCAUCAACAAGUCUGCACUCAUUCUCCAUCUUGAAUCCGGCUCAUGCCGAUCAGGCGUCAACCGACGCGUCGUUGACAACUGGGUCCGCGCGAAUGAUCGCUCCAACGUGAUUACCAACCCAGCGCGGCUCAUCACUGCUGGCGAACGUGCCAACGUUAAGUUUAUCGCCACAGAGCAGUCGUGGAACGGGCAGGCCUAUGAAUGUGUUCUUUGUCACACGGAGUUCCGGGCGUUGAUGGACUUGAACCGUCACUUGGAUAGCCCUCGCCACCAGGAGAAGGUCUAUCGGUGCCCUCUCGAUACCUGCCGGAAGCAUUUCGUCUCCCUUAGUGCGUUGUGCCAGCACAUUGAGAGUGAGCGUUGCGGUGUGAUGAAGUUCAGGGCAGUCCGAGACGUCAUGGACAAUCUCCUCAGCGGCGUCGCCCGCAUCACAUUGUAA